CUCGAUACAGACAAAUUAAUUACGCGAUUAGAUAAAGAAUUGUUUUUUAUUGUAUGCUAAUUCAUGAAGACUGUGUCUAUGUGCUUCUAAAUAGAAAUAUAGAAAAUAAAGUUUAUCUGAAGGAAAUAUAUCAUUUUUUAAAAUUUAAUCCAUUAAUAAUAACAAAACACUUGUUGUAAUAUAAGGGUUAAAAUUUCAAAAUGGAAGAAGAAAGUGUGAACGUCAGAACAGAGGAGCAAAUUCGUACCAGUGUAUUUGGAAGUAAUAUUGCAGAAGUUCAUCUCGGUAAUUAUGACCAUUCCAUCACGCGGCCAACAGUUGCAAGUGCGCGAAAAUCUGUUUUAUGGUCACGUGAACGGAAGGUGUAUGAAACGAGCAGCAGACGACGGCUUGAUGAAUUCAAAGGAAACCCUUACUUCCGGUUUGAAUAUCCCGAAAUCCCUCGACAUUGGCCGGGCACGUGGGCUGUAAUGACAUCACAAGAUCUCGAUGUUAGUGCUGGACGACUGUCCCGACCUACAACAGGGCGACCCCGUACAUCGCCCCUACAUACAUGGAUGAGAGGAAAGUUUAAAACACAGGACGAUGUGCAACGGACAGUUAAAACACCAAUGGUCAUUGUUAAUUAAAUACUCAAAGAAAGUUGACUGUUUAACAGCGCACCAGAGAACACUUGUAUAACCAGGAAUCACUUGGAACAAGUGGAAAUGUGCUCACUAAUAUGUCAUUUAAAAGGGCGCAUAUGCACACUAUUGCCAUAUUUUUUUGUUUGGCAUUUCUUUAUAAACAAUGCCUCUUUUUUCGGUAUUUAUUCUUUGUCACAUUCAUUUAUCUCAGCGAUUGAAUCAAUUUGUUAUGAAAUUGAGCAUUUAAAACAUUAAGCAUUUAAAUUAUCAUGUCUUUGGACAAGCAGUCAUAGACUCGGUCUCGGCGGUCAUAGUACUUCAUUAAUAAUUCAUUUAAUUUCAAUAGUAGAUCUAAUAAAUCAUUCUUAACAUAUUUUGAUGUCUCUUUGUAAAGGGCAUAAAAGCUCCUUUUGUAUACAUAAGAAUUGUUCAAUUCCUUAUUCUUAACCAAAGCCUUUCAACCAUUCAAGUACCUUAAUUAAUCCGUUGAAUUCUUGUCUAUGCCAAAAGGACAACUCCAGUUGCCCUCACUGCGGUGCCGCAUACCUGACCUCACAUACUCAAUGUUACUAUUUAUAUACCGGGGUAUCUCACAAGCUAUGUACAGUUCUGGACACAUUAAAAGCUUGACAAGACUCAGUUCAAAACGUGUUUUUUUUACCAAAAUAAAGACUUAAAUACGUUUCCUAUAGUUUGUUCAUUUUUACAAAGACAAAGAAAUUUAUGACAGUGGGGAUAUCACGGUUGUCCUACUUUUUGAGUUAUCUAUCCCUGAAAGAACGUGUCAUACUCUUGGGUCUAAGUAAAUUAUGUUCACUGGUUAAAAAUUUCAUUCUUUGUCUCUGUGAAUAAUAAAUGAAUUAUAUUGGAAACGA